CAGAAACCCCACCAUCUUACGCAGUGGCAACCGGCUCUUCCACAACCUCCUCUAAAUCGCAAACAUCCUCCCUUCUCGAGGUUCUCCAAUCCAAGAAUGGAAUUCCUACUCAAGCCCGACGGUCGAUGGAGGAAGAGCAGAGACCUCUGCCAGCAGGAUAGAUUCGACAAUAGGACGCAAAGGAAAACCACCAGUUCUUCAUGAACACUAAUACCGAUCCUCCCAAAUCGUACUGGGAACAUCCCCUUGACGUUCCAGAUGUUGUCAACAGCCUCAGCAGCGAAGAACGGGAGAGGCUGUAGGAUCAAGAAGACAAGAUGAGAAGGCAGCACGAACAUCCGACCGACCAUUCCGACGAUAAGACUCAUAACUCACCGCAGCCAGACCGGCCAUCGAGGUUCCAUGCACUUCCGAAAAAGAGUUUUGGGGAACUAUUCAAAGACAAGGUGACCGGUACGACACACGAUGAACGCGGUCGAGACCGGAUCCAGAUGGAAGAAGAAGAAUGGCAAUACUAUGAAGCUCACGUGCGAUUGCGGCAAUGCAUGCAGAGAGCCGGGUCAACCCCAAUUGUUUGCCAAGGAUAAAUAUGGCAAAAUCAUCUACAUUGAGCCUCCGGGUGGUCCCGGCUAUGGUUAUGGUGGAUACGGUGCGUCCGGAUAUGGCGUCAACCCAUAUGCCACAGGCCCAUACGGAGAUCCCAAUUCCAGAUUCAUUCGCCCUGGCUAUCCUUACAAUCGGCCGUAUGGCCCUUAUUCUGGGGGUGGUUACGGUCUGCCAGUGGCAGGUGGCUUGCUGGCGGGUCGUUGCUGGGCGGGAUAUUGUUCUAAGCCGUGUUCAACCUUGAAUCGAGGCUAAAGCGAUGACAAAGGGUUGGAAGGAUGGAUGGAUGAUUCUUUUGGCAAACGGUCAAGAUCCCAGCGUGGCGUUCUCUUCAAUGAUACCUCUGCGCUCCUCUGGCGCAACUCCGGACCAAGAAACCUUGUGCCUUUCUCAGCUGAAAAUAUGUUUAUCAUCUCUCAUCCAAGUGAUCUAUGCUUCAAUCAGCGACACCGAUACCCUCUACGUUCACCAUUCGUACCGUCCCGCCAAAGUCACAAUAUUUAAGCUAACGAUCAAUGUAGUCCUCAUUGUGUAGCUCAAUCAAUUUUUU